AUGGGCUCCGGUUGUAGUAAUGCUGCCUCUUGUGCCAAUAUUGACACAACGGCACAUCAUCAUGAACCUCAAAAACAUCCCAACAUGAAAACAACAAGCGGAAAUUCCAUUCCAUCACCCACUCCUGAAAAAUUGAAUGAUCAUGAAAAUCCCAAUGUCCAUGGAGAGGGAAAAGCGAAUCGUUAUCACAUCUCGGAGGAUACCAUUUCCGUGAGUACGACAGGUUCUUCGACCAUCAGCUCCAAACCGUCUGGAAUUGAAGUUAGGAAAGCCUACUCGUUCAAAAUUCCCGAACCAAGACUGAAUUUUGUUGGAUUUAAUUUUUUGAAUAGUCACAGUGGUGUCAACAAAGAACCGUUCAUGACAGAGUCUAACUUGUUACUUUAUUCAUCCUUCUUACCUCAACAUUUGUUUUAUAACAUGAAAAGUGUGUACUAUUCCAACAUUUCCAAAGACUCGAAAAUGCAAGGCGUAGAAAAAAUUCUCGAUGAGAAUAAUCUCUCCCAAAUUUCUCCCCUGAGCAAUUUUUCAUAUGACACUUGUAUUUUAAUGUUGGAUGUGAGCGGGUUUACGCCACUCACGGAAACUUUAUCCAAAGAACCGAACGGAGCUGAGCUACUCACAAAAUAUAUGAAUAAUUAUUUCACGACUUUAAUAUCAUACAUUUAUGAAUUUGGAGGUGAUGUCGAGAAAUUUUCAGGUGACGCUCUCAUUUGUCAAUUUUAUUAUCCACGAAAGGAUCGAACAUUGACCGAUUGUUUGAUAGCAGCUGUUCAGUGUGCUUUGAAAAUUCAGGGAACAGAACAAUUACGAGUUUUCAAAAUUAAUAAUGAAAUUUCAUUACAUAUUCAUUGUGGAAUAUCGAUUGGAAAAGUUGUAACUCAUCACAUUGGAGGAGUGAGCGAUUACUGGCUUCGAAUUACGCAUGGGCAGGCCUUGUUAGAAAUGGCAAGUGCUCUCAGUAAUAGCAAAGUUGGAGAAGUUGUUUUAACUAAACAAGCCUACGAACGAUGCAAACAAUUCAUUACAUGUCGUCAAGUUGAGGGAGUAAAUGAGGAGGUAUAUCUUGCAAUUUCAUCCAAAAGACAAGUGGCCUCAAAUCUAGCUCUCCCCAAAAUUAGUUUUCAUGCUUCAUUCGGCAGCGUGAUUCGAAAGUUUGUUUCUCCUCCAGUUCGAAAAAAGAUUGAGGCAGGUCAGCAAGAUUGGCUCAAUGAAAUUAAACCUCUGACUGUUGGAUUUUUGAGUGUGAGUGACACGAACACCUACGCAACUCCGAAUGAUGAAAUGAAUGCCUAUCACAUGUACUUAGAGACCAUUCAAAAGAUUUUGGAUCAUUACGAAGGAUUUAUUGCUAACAUGGUUGCCGAUGAGAAGGGAACCAUUCUCGUAUUCGCCUUUGGUUACCCGUUGACACACAUUUCAGAUCCUAUUCGGGCUGUUAAGGCAGGUACAGAAUUAACUACCAAGCUCAAGCAAGGCGGAUUUAAGUUUGGCAUUGGAAUUGCAACAGGAAAAUGUUUUAUUGGAUGUGUAGGUUGUAGCCAGAGACAAGAAUUUACUUGUUAUGGUGACAAGGUGAACCUAGCUGCAAGAUUAAUGAAAGAAUCUGAAAAACUUGAGGGAUGUAUCAUUUGUGACGAAGAAACUUCUUCAUUAUUGAAAGGAAUUCCUGUGGAGACUCUUGAACCGAUUAAGGUAAAGGGAAAAUCUGAGCCAAUCAAAGUCUCUCGAGUGAUUGAUGCUUCCAUUCAAAACCAACACAUGUAUUUCAAUUCAUUCAAGAAUCAGACAGAUAGUAAUGGAACGGCCAUGAAAAAUACACAGUACACAGAAAAUUCAUCCUUAGAUCCGAUCGUUUCUUCCAACAAUACUCCAAUCUCGAGUCAAACAGAGCAACAAGAGACAAAUAACAAGAUGCUCAUUUCACAACAACCUUGUGAGUGCCAGAAGCGUAAUGAAUUUAGUGAUGCCUCGUUAGAAGCUUUGCGUGCUCCUAUUGGUCGAGAAGACAUUUUUGAACAAAUUUGUUCGGUUGUUUCAAGCAAGCUGCAAGAGUUUGAGAAUGGAGAACCAAGAAAAAGAUCAAAGGUUAUACUUGUUAAGGGAGACGUUGGUUUGGGCAAGAGCGAUCUAUUCACACGUUUAGCCAAAGAGUGGAGAACCAAAAUUGCAUGUGUCUAUAACUCUGCCAUUGAGUUUGAAACACCAUUUUAUUUAUUCUUGGGUAAUGUCAAGAUUAGUGUUGCUGAGAGAGUUUGUAAAAAGUAUGGACUGGAAAUGAGAUAUGACAACAUCGAUGCCAUCUAUUCCUCGAUAACACGAGAACAAAAAGAAGAGUUGUUGCUCUCAACAUUUACAUCUGAGAGUGACCGAAAGCAUUUAUUUUUGAUUAAUGACGUUUUUGGAGUGUAUUUUGAGGACUCGUCAAACGAUGGAGAAAAAUUAGAGUCUUCACAACGUGUCAGCCUUGCAGCAAACUUGGUUGCCAGAUUUUUAUCGCUGUCAUGGUUGGAUAUGAAGUAUGAAAAUCAGGCAUGGUUUUUAUUGUAUGAUAGUUUUCAUUAUGUGGAUCCUUAUUCACGGGCAAAAGAGACUGAAACUUUGCUACAGAUUUAUUCGAAUGCUGAAAGUGUCGAUCAGAAAGCGUUAGAUAUCAUUUAUGAAAAAACUGAUGGCAAUCAAAUGUUUGUAACCAUGGGAACACAUUUCUUACAUGACCAGCAAAAACUUUUUGUAGAGGAUGGAGUUUUGAAAGUGAAGACGACAUCCCUUGAUGGCCUCGAAAUACCUGCUUCCAUGGCAUCCUUGUGGCAUCACAAACUUGAUCGUCUUGAUCAUGAUACACAACUUGUGUUGAAAGUAGCCUCUGCAUGUGGUAUGAAAUUUAAUAUUGAGACAUUGUUGACAAUCUUUCCCGAGUCACCACUCAAGCAAGAGGAGCAGAGGAUCGUUCAAAUACUCAACGAUUUGGUCACUCAAUACAAAAUAUUAGAGUUGAUCGACGAGACAAAAGAGAAGAGCUUUUUAUGCUCCUCUUCCUCUGAGAAGGCAUCCUUUUACAAGUUUAAAUCAUCCAUGAUACUCGAUAUAUUAUACUCUAAAAACCGAGAGAAAUCCACUUGGUACAUUUUGGAGAUUGCAUCACAUUAUGGUGAAUAUUUCGACAAGGUUCAUUUGGAAGAGAUUUUAUCUGGUGAUCAAAUUCUUCACAGAAACGAUAUUUAUCAUGUAGCAUGUGCUAUACUGUUCAUUUCUAAAGGUUUACAUCUGCUUGGUAAUCAUGGUGCAGAAAUUGUCAAGGCAAAACAUUUAUUUACAUCCCUCAUUUAUAUACUCGAAAAUAUUAUUGUGACAUGGUUUGAAAAAGACAAGUACGAAAUAGCACCUAGUUCGUCCAAUAGUCUCAACAGGAAAAAUUCUGUUCGUGAUGGAAACAAAAUUGCAUCCCAAACCAUUGUCGGCAUGAAUAGAGCAAGUUGCAAAGAAUUUCUUUCAAAACUUGACCUUAAAUAUGCAGGUUUCUUACAAGCACUUUCAGAUAAUAAUUUGAUGACUACUUCAAACAACUCGCUCAAAAAUGCUCUCAAAUACUGUCCAAAGAAAAACAGAGAACUCUACUUUGAUAUUUAUUGUGAAAUUUGGUUUCACUCGUUUUAUUAUGAUUUAACAGAUGAAGCUCUUGUCACCAGUUCAGAGUUGUUGAAUCUCGCAAACGAUAUCGGUGCUGAUUAUAUGCAAAUGUACGCUUACAUUGCUUGCAUGAUGUCCAAUCAAACGAAAGGAAACUUUUCCAAGGUGGCCUUUUUCUCUGACGAGAUUAUUAAUCAAUAUUUGUCUGAUCCAGAGAAAUACCACAAGAUGAGUAUUCAUAACUUUAGAAAAAGAGAUGCUCUCUUGCUUUCAUGUACAUUUGCCAUGCGGUCACUGUGGUGCAUGGGACGUUAUGAAAAGGCUCAGUAUUAUUUCAAUUUGGGAACAGAACAUUCGAAAAUGCGGCUGCAUCUACCUUCGUUCAUCUUUUUCUACACCUUCACCUGUUAUUACUUGUUGUUGAGUAGACAAAUUGAUGAGUUGGAGACAAGGGCAGCACAAGGACUGCAAGUCAUGACCAUCUUUUCGAAUAAUGUCACUCUACCAUUGCAAGAACUUGGUAGCAAAUUUUAUGCAAAAUAUGUUCGUUUUGUGAGGGCCACUCAAUCUACAAUCACUGGUAGCUCCAACGCCUCCAGAGACUAUGUUUCUGAACUCAGAGAGAUGAUAUGUCACAUGGAGUCACUUUUCCAAUCCAUGAACUCUAUAGCUCUCCCAAUCUCAUUUUCAAUUAUGCCAUUCUUGAAUGUUGGUUGCAAUAUUUUCAAGUCAUCUUGA